AAAAAAAAAAACAAUAAGAAAAGUGAUAUAGCUUAAAUGCAAACCGCUUUGUGGAAACUUUUCACCUGUAACUGACAAAGAUGUUGACUUGAACAAACCAUGGUACCUGCAGUUGUUUAUCAAACUCCUCAGUCUGCAAAGAUCAGAGCUGGACAUGAAGUGAACUUAACAUGUUACAUUGAAGAUUUCAGGGGCUUCUGCUUUACUGUUGUGUGGCUAAAAAUUAAUUUUGAGAACACUCUGGAUGUUUAUCAUAGUAUUAAAUUUCCUGGUCAACAUAUUCAAAAUGGUAAACCAGUAGACACAAAAUGCAAUCUCACAAUAAGAAAUGCACAGCUGACAGACUCUGGGACUUAUGUCUGCAUGUAUUUAAAGAACUCAGUUUUCUUUAUGGGAAAUGGGACAGCAUUAACUGUAAUAGAACAGCCUGAUGUACCCACCUCACUUGUAAUAUUGAUUCCGUCAGAGGAUGGAGAUUCAUACAAUAAUGCCACCACUGUUCUGACCUGUCUGGUAUUUGGCGUAAAUUUUGCUAAAAUCUUUUGGAACAUAUCAGGCAUCAUUCAAGAGGGGAGAUCUGACUUUGGAAGGCUUGUCAAUGACCCAUCAGCCAAGCACUAUCUCAGAAAUCAGUUCAUCAUUCCGUUGAGGAACUGGACAAGUGGAGAUACAUUUACUUGCAUUGUGAAAACGGAGAGUGGUGAAUACUUAACAAAAAGUGUUAAAAAAUCAGAACCUGUUAAUUGCAUACUCUAUUUGGGAGCUCAAAUUGUAGGUUGCCUCCUUCUAACUACAUUGUUAAUUAUAAAUCUUAUUUGCUGCUGGGUGAAAACACAUUCAGGUAAAGCAAAUAGAUAUGUGAGUGAUGAUAGCAAAAAUGAAAGGCAAGCACAUUUAAGAUGCAAAAAGCGAACAGGACAAAAAAGUGCAAAUCGAUUCUCCCGAGGAACUCAAGAAGUAAUGGAAAGGGAGGAGGUGCAAUAUGCCAGUCUGGAGUUAAGACCCCAGGUUAAACGGUGGUAUAGAAAUCAGGAAUGACAAAGAUGUACAAACUGUGCUGACUUAUGGAAUGUUUUAUUUUCUGUGCAAAUCAGCUGUCCUUUUAAAAAAAAUGAAGAAAUAUAUGUAAGGAUAUGUAUUUGAAUUAAUUAAAAUAACAGUGUGGCUGUGCUUCUUUUGUUGAAUAAAUAUUAUCAAACUGAAUAUUACACAGUAUAUGCAGAACAAUAAACAAAUGUAUUUAUCUUGAAAUACUGGCAUACAGGCAGUUUACAGCACACAUUAAUUCUCCCGAUGUGUAAUUGUGUAACCUACUAUAUUUAGUCUAAAGUGCAUACUAAUUAAGAAUGCAAUAGGUGAAUAUCUGUUACAUUCACAGUCAAAGCUUUUCAGAAGAUUGUGGAAUGAAAAUCAUCACAGCAUCUGCAAUGCUUUAUUGUGAUGAGCAGAACAUGUGAAAGGACCUUUUAAAAUUAUACAUAUCACUCUAGUUAUAAUGUACGGUAAUACUCCAAAGAUUUGACAGUUUGAUGAGUAGACCCUAACAUGUUGGAUUGGGCAGUUUAAAAAUACUUAAAGAUCAGAAACAUUUUUUUAUCUAUAUUUUAUUUAUAUAGUGAGUGAAUAUUUCACUGAAAUCGGUGUCUGACCAUUUUUCUAAUUCAAAUAUGGUGACCAAUAGGUUAACAGAUUUGACAAUUACAGUUUUGAAUCAAUAGAAAAUAUUCAGAAAUAAAAAAAUAUAAAAACUAAGAGCAGCCCAAUUACACAGUACUGUAUACAGCAAAGUAGUAUACUGAGUAUACUAUAUGUAAAGAAAUAGGAAAUGAAAAAACAAAACAAAAUACAAAAAUUAAAAGCAACACAAUGAAAAGAUUUAAGAGACCUUACUGAUAAACAAAUAAACGCUAUUUCUAAAAAUCCGUCUUCAUGUUGUAAAACAUAUUAAUUGGAUAAUAUAUUUCCUUUAAAUAUACCUUAGAUAUAAGUAAGACUACCUCUUGAUCUCUAAAAACAAAUGGAAUUUAACCAGUGACAAGGUACAUUGCUUGUUACUUUGUGAAAAGCAUUCAGUAAUGUAGAUUAAUGUCAAACAUAGGUUGUCUCUCUUAUCUCACCAAAAAUUAGCAUUUGGAUACUUUUCUUGCUUAGUUUUAUGUUUUAGAAAUUUUCUACACUCAGACCAUACUGGAUAAAUAUGUGUUUUUGCAUGUCAGGUAGUUCUGGCUUUCCUACUCCUCCAAUAGCACAAUUUGCAGUAUUGUAGGAUCAGAUGAAUUAUACCAGACAAGUUAUAUCAUGAAAAAAUCUAUUAUGGUAUCUUACACCAGAUUGUUGCUCACUUAUCUAAGAUUACAUUAGCCCAGUUUCCACAACUCAAAGAGAAAAUAAUGAUUUACUUUAUCUAAGAUUAGAAAAAGUAACAUUUUUCUCUAUAAGCAAUAACUGAAAUGUUUCUCAGUUUCUGGAAGGAUUUGUCAUUGCUAUUCUAAAAUAAACAUUCUGGUCUUUGGUUUAAUCAAUUCUGAUGUCUCAGUGUAAUUGAGAUACUGGUUUAGUAUACUGGGCUUUCUAUCACAUAGCUCUCUAAACCGGGUAAAGGAGGAGUUCUCAGCUUAU